CUACGCGAUUCACUGUUCGUGAAAAAUGACCUCUCGAGUCCCAAUCUCUUUUGCUUGUGGUCUCUACGACCGUAUGGAGGCCCUCUGGAGCGGAGAGGUUAGACCUCAAGGGAUCGACCUCAACUUCAUCGUCCAGAACCAUCCUCGAGAUGUCUUCGAUCGCAUGGCUGGUGGACACGAGUUCGACUGUUCUGAGAUGUCCCUCUCUGAAUAUGUCUGUCGGUACACAGCAGGAAAACGAGACUUCGGCGCUAUCCCCGUCUUCCCGUCUCGAGCCUUCCGACACGGCUUCAUAGCUGUGAACUCCCACAUAAUCAAGUCUCCCACAGAUUUGAACAGCAAGAAAAUUGGCGUUCAGCUCUACACGAUGACAGCUGCCGUCUGGAUUCGCAGUCUACUAAAACAAUGCGGUGUUGACCUCGAUACUAUCACUUGGAUCGAAGGUUCGAUGGAAUCACCAGAACCACACGGCAAACCCACCACUCUCCCUCCUCUGAAAUCCAUCUCCAUCACCAGUAAUAGGAGCGGGAAAUCCCUGUCCCAGCUUCUCGAAGAAGGCGAAAUUGAUGCAACCAUUGGAGCCGAUUUACCCCCGUGUUUCCACAAAGCAGCACAUGUGAAGCGACUCUUCCCCGAUUUCAAAGAUGCAGAGAAGAAGUACUACAAAGAGACGGGGAUUUUUCCUAUUAUGCACACCGUUGUCAUAAGGUCCGAUGUGGUAGAAAAACAUCCAUUUGUGGCGACGAGUUUGUUCAACGCUUUCCAAGAUGCAAAAGAUGUGGCUUUUCGCAGGAUGAGGUUUACAGAUGCUUUGAGGUAUAUGUUGCCUUGGCUGACGAGUGAGAUUGACGAAAUCGGAGAGAUUUUUGGCGGCGAUCCGUGGCCGUAUGGCAUUGAAGAGAACAGAAAAACACUGGAGGCGGCGGUGGAGUGCCUUUUUGACCAAGGGAUGAUCGGUAGGAGGGUGAGUAUUGAGGAAUUGUUCUUACAGCCGAAAGGCCAGAACUGGAAAAUCGGAUGGGGGCCGACAGAUGUUGUGAGAUAGGCAGCUAUGCAAAUGCGAUUUCUUCCUGCCAACUUAGGUUCUUCUUAGAAUAAAGUCAACGUGCAAAUGCAUUCC